ACUUGCUAAUGUCUCUCUCAAGAAUGGAACUGGCUCAGAAAAAUCACACACGUGCAAACCACGGGCAGCUCAUCCCUCAUCCAGACCCUGAAAGAUGGCUGUGCCUACAGAUGCCAGUGGAACUCAGGCUUCGCAUCCAUGCUAGGCUGCCCGUCACCAACUCACUGGCUCCUGCUCAGGGGACAAUGGCAUCCGUGCCUUCCGCUGGUUGUCUUUUGGCCAGAAAUCAGUAUUAUCGAAAGGCCAGUGUUUCUUCAGGCACUUCUUUAACUGGUCCUGAUUCUGUCAACUUUGUAGGUGAUGACAAAGCCCAGCUAGGAUUACCCGAAGUGGCAGAAUCCACCUGGUGGUUUAAAUCCUUUUUUCAAUCUGUACCUGUACUUUCAAGUGUAAAAAGAGAAGACCAGUCUGCUUGUGGGGGGAAUGGACCAGGAAGCAGAAGCAAGGGACCUUUAGGAACAAAUAACCACUCUCUACUCCAAUAAGAGGAAUCACAGCUCCUUGGAGAAAUGGCUGAUUCUGGAACAGUAAACAGAUUCUGGGACAGUAAAGCAGUAAAAGACAAGCCCGGACCAUUUCAUGAUGCCCUCAAAGAUACAAAUGCCCCCAAAUGAUGGGGAUAUAUUAAAAUGACACGGGAAUAAAUUGGGCACAUCUGGGACUAUUUCAGCGAUAUUUUUCCAGUUUACCCUGACUGUGCAGACAACCUAGCUUACAAAGGAGCAUUUCUCAGCUGAUCAUCUUUGCCUUGCAGUUUGGAGGGCAGUGUUGUAACAGUUAACUACACUAUUCAAAGUAUUACUAUUGUUUGCAACUCUAUGUAAUAGCCACCCGCUGAGGCCCUGCAGGUGUGACCCCCGGACCCUUUAGCACCUGAGUGAUCUUCUCCUUUAUAAGAUGAUGAAAACCUUUUGGAUAUCUCACUUAUAAGACAAGACCACCGCAGACACACAGACGGCAAAAGUUUAGGUAUUCUCUUCAAUGUUGAGAGUAUUCCUGCCACCGGUGUCAGCUACAUGGAGAACAGUGGAAAAGCCUUUGAAAACACGUGACCUUCAAAUAAAGAGAUUCAUGUGAAAUAGCCUUUUCAUUACCCUUGUAAUUUUUCAAAUUUUUUAAAAAUCGAAAAUUGUGUGUUAAUUUUCAAAAAAGUUGUUAAACUCUCAUUACAUCUGUUAAUUGUUUUAUUAUGCCUGAAAACUGAAGCAUUCAUGCCUAACACAAUUGUUUUAAGAGCCCUGGAUUCAGAAGUGUAAAAAAAGAGUUGCAGAAAUUGUAUUUUUUUUUGCAGAAAUUGUAUUUUUAAUCAUGAACAUUGGAAGUAGAAAACAAACCCAUAAAUACAUUAUCUGUUAAAUACAUUACUGUACAUAAUUGGUUAUAUAUGAAAGGUUGGGGCAUGCCCCCGGGAAAGUGCUGCUAGGCAAAUUCCGGAGGCUGGCUAAACUUCCAGGGGCUGGCCCCCUGCAGCCUGGCCCAAUCAGGUACCAACAUAAAGCCCUCGGACACUGACCACC